CCAGCAUGCAGCGGGGGCGCCCCCUCCGUCAGGGCGGGGCGGGCGGUGCUGAGAACUGAAUUCUUACAGAAUAUGUUGGUGGUACAGAUCUGACCUAUGAUAAUACCUUGCAAGAGUAUGAAUAUUUCAACAAACUGCCUCUUCAGUGGUUCCUCAUUAGCAUCUGAAGUGCAUGCUGCUGCUGUUAAUGGGGAUAAGAGUACCCUCCUAAAGUUAAUCGCAGGAAACUCUGAGCUGAAAGACAAAGAGGACCAAUUUGGAAGAACUCCACUUAUGUACUGUGUGUUGGCUGACAGGGUAGACUGUGCAGAGGCAUUGCUGAAAGCUGGAGCAGAUGUUAACAGGGCUGAUCGUAGCCGAAGAACUGCUCUCCAUCUUGCUGCACAGAAGGGAAACUAUCGCUUCAUGAAAGUUUUACUGGCUCGUAGGGGGAACUGGAUGCAGAAGGAUUUAGAGGGUAUGACACCGUUACAUUUAACUACACGUCACAAAAGCCCCAAAUGUUUAGCUUUGCUGCUAAAGCACAUGGCACCUGGAGAAGUGGAUACCCAGGACAGAAACAAGCAAACUGCAUUGCAUUGGAGUGCCUACUACAAUAACCCUGAGCACGUGAAACUUCUCAUAAAACAUGAUUCAAAUAUAGGAAUCCCAGAUAUUGAAGGAAAAAUUCCACUUCACUGGGCAGCAAACAAUAAGGAUCCUAGUGCAAUUCACACAGUGAAAUGUAUUCUGGAAGCUGCACCUACAGAAUCUCUGCUUAACUGGCAAGACUAUGAAGGGCGAACUCCACUUCAUUUUGCUGUUGCUGAUGGGAAUGUGGCAGUUGUUGAUGUCCUGACCUCCUACGCAGGCUGCAAUGUGACAUCAUAUGACAACUUGUUUCGAACUCCUCUUCACUGGGCUGCCUUACUUGGUCAUGCUCAGAUUGUCCAUCUCUUGUUAGAAAGAAAUAAGGUUGGAACUAUCCCUUCUGAUAGCCAAGGUGCAACACCUCUGCAUUAUGCUGCACAGAGCAACUUUGCUGAAACAGUUGAAGUAUUUUUGAAACAUCCUUCUGUAAAAGAUGACUCAGAUCUUGAGGGAAGAACGUCCUUCAUGUGGGCAGCUGGGAAAGGCAGUGAUAACGUCAUUAGGACUAUGCUGGAUUUGAAACUGGAUAUCGAUAUCAAUAUGACAGACAAAUAUGCUGGGACAGCAUUACAUGCUGCUGCACUUUCUGGCCAUGUCAGCACAGUGAAAUUGCUGUUGGAACGCAAUGCACAGGUGGAUGCUUUGGAUGUCAUGAAACACACUCCACUUUUCCGAGCCUGUGAGAUGGGACACAAAGAAGUGAUACAAACACUCAUUAAAGGAGGAGCAAGAGUAGAUUUGGUUGAUCAAGAUGGCCAUUCACCCCUUCACUGGGCAGCCCUGGGAGGAAAUGCUGAUGUGUGCCAAAUCCUGAUAGAAAAUAAAAUCAACCCUAAUGUGCAGGAUUACGCAGGUAGAACACCUCUGCAGUGUGCUGCAUAUGGAGGUUACAUCAACUGCAUGGUAGUGUUACUGGAAAAUAAUGCAGAUCCAAAUAUUCAGGAUAAAGAGGGAAGAACUGCUUUGCACUGGCUCUGUAAUAAUGGCUACCUUGAUGCUAUAAAGUUGCUGCUUGGUUUUGAUGCUUUCCCUAAUCAUAUGGAGAACAGUGAGGAAAGAUACACUCCACUUGAUUAUGCCUUGCUUGGUGAACACCAUGAAGUGAUUCAGUUCAUGUUAGAACAUGGAGCUCUCUCUAUAGCUGCCAUACAGGACAUUGCUGCUUUCAAAAUUCAGGCUGUUUAUAAAGGAUAUAAAGUUAGAAAGGCUUUUCAAGAGAGGAAGAAUCUUUUAAUGAAACAUGAACAACUGAGAAAAGAUGCUGCUGCCAAGAAACGUGAAGAAGAAAGUAAAAGAAAAGAAGCCAGCCUACAGAAAGGAAUGCAGAAUGUAGAGCAAAAUAAGUUUCGAGUACAACCGAGCGCAGCAGAUCGAGAGACUUCCAGCACAUUGCAGUUAUCUAAUAAACAAAUUGAUCUACAGAAUAAGAGACCUCUCUCUGUCAAGGCUUCUCAAAUUCAACUAGGGAGAAACAGUAGAGGUUCCCCUAAGGCUUGUCGCAGCAAAGGGUCACCAAAGGAGAGCUGCCUGUCUUCAGAGCCACAGAGUGAAGGUCAUAACAUCAGGCAAGAAUUAUUGAGAAAGCACAUCAAAAGCAAGCCAAGUUGUGUCCAUUUCCAUUGCGGCAAAGCAAAAGAGGUAAUGAAAAUUGAAGCAAAACAUCAGGUUGCAGCUGCUACAGAACUGAAUGGAGAAAAGCACAAAGAGCACGCUUUGGAGGCAAAUGGUGCUCGUGGUAACAGAAGGCAUGCUUCUGCUUGUGGGACUGCUGGUGCUGGGGAAAAAACAAGAGAUCAAAGUCAGUCUUCAUCUGGUAACAGGGGCCACUGUGAAGGAACUUCAGUGGUCAUGUGCAAUGUCAGUUGUGCUGGUGGAAUUGCAAGAAAUUCAAAGCGGUGUGAAGCCGUUCCAAAAGGCAAAAGGCAUCAGCAGAAAUCCAGACAUAAAGAGGUGAAUGAUGAGAGAUGUUCACCGGCUGGCUCAAGUAGACCAGGGAGUGCCAAAGCAGUAUUUGUAAACACCAGAAAUGCCGCUGUUAGUGCCAUAGGAGAUGCUGACAAUGUGGGAAAUAACGAAUUAGUAAAAAAGACCUCCCCAUUAUUGUCUACUGAGACCGAAUCUACAGGAACUGGGCCAAGAAAUCCAGCAGUGUGUUCUGCUCCUGAUGACAGUUUGAACUUGGAAAAAACAGGUGAAGUCGGAUCCAGGAACGCAGAUGACCAACUAUGUUCUGUUGCGUGGCAAAGUACAAAUAUUGAACUGAUCCCUUUAGAGAUUCGGAUGCAAAUCAUAGAAAAAGAAAGAACAAGAAAAGAGCUAUUUCGGAAAAAAAACUACGCUGCUACAGUUAUACAGAGGACAUGGAGAAGUUACCAUCUCAGACAGGAGUUGUCUCAGCUUCUUAGUACUAAGCGGCAGCGCAAAGAAGAUGAAGACAAAUGGAGACAAGAGACAGCUGCCUUCCUCAUUCAAGUUGCUUGGAAGAAACAGCUGAACCAUAGCCCUCAGAAAUCAGUUCCUCCAUGUAAAAGCCUGAAAUCUGUAAACAAAACCAGCUCAGCCAUAAAAACCAGCAAGCAGUCCAUCCUCAAGCAGAUCUAUGGGCGUUCUCAGGAAGGCAGAGUGUACCAGCCAGCCAGACCUCCCUCUAAGCUGAAAUAUUCUGAUGUGCAGCUGGUUUCAGUGAACAACCUGCAGUAUGUUCAUCUGCUGGAGAAUGUGGGAAAGUCAAAGCAGUUUUCAUAUAACAUGAGGCCAAGCACUGCUGCAAAAUCCAAAACUCCAAGACUCGAAAACUAAGCGGACAUUUGGGAUUUAAGGAGCAUUCUGGUACAAAUGUAACUUUUCAUCACCUGCAAGCCAUCUACAACAUUUUAAACUUGAACACAUUUCCAGUUUUUUAUUACAUGCCAAGCAGGCUGCUAGGGAGUCGGACUUGUUUGUUUUGUGUACAAAUUUGUCUUUAAAUUCUAAUUUAUUUACUGAUACAUGAAAUCUGAACUGCAUUUGGAAGCAGACAAUUAAGUGCUAAGCCCAGCGCUGUGCUGCAGUGGUUCACAAACAUUUACAUUGUGGAAUCAGGAAUUUUGAGUAUGUGCUCAUUAAAUGCAAUUGCAAAGGAGAGUACUGGGGCUGUAACAGUAACUGCUGUUUGGUUUCACCUCAGAAUUUACUAAAUGUAUCUCAAAAUCUAAACAAGAAAGGAGGCAUAACCUUUAUGUUCCAUUUCUGUACUAAAGAACAGGUAAUUUCUCAACCUGUUUUGGGGAUUUGGAAGGGAAGGGAAAAAUGUUGACAAAGAAAUCACUCCGUAAGUAAAUUUCUUUCCACAGCACAUGGAAAGUUAGCGGUGUUUUCUACCCUUUGAAAUAAUCCUGUUAUUUAUUCAUUAAGAAUUGUAUUUUUAUACACACACAGAAUGAAUUUCUCCAGGAAGCAAUAUAGGGCAGGGCCUGUGCUAGUAGGAAGCUUGUCUUUAGAGCAGUUGGAGCUGCUGCUGUACGGUAUUUACUUUGCACCAUGUCUUUAAAAACACAAAUUUCUGAAACUAAAAUCACGAUUUAUUUUUAAAGUGGUGGACAGAUAAUUUUAUUCUAGUUGCUGUUACAUAAUUCCAGUUCUUUAGUUGGAUGGAGUCCACACGAGUCUCUGCUUCCCUGCGAGCACUUAAGCCUCACAGAGGUCCCUUAUCUGACCCUUCCCCGUGGUCCUUCUAGGAAGCCCAACUUCCAGUGAAGCUGCAGUUUCGUGCUUGAAAAGAAAGCUACAGGAGGGAUGCAGCUCUUUGUAAAAUUUUUAUUCUGUUUCACUUACAAAAAAAUGGACAAGCUUUGUUCCAACAUCUCCCGUUCAAAACUAAAUAGAAGUAAAUGCUUUACAAUAAAUGCAGUUCCACCUCUUUAAUACACUGCGUUCAUAGGGCUGGGUCCCUGGGGGUGAGAGGCCAGGUAGAUGUUGAAGCAGUAAUGGAGGUCCGUCAGCCACUGCUCUUGGACUUCGCCGCUCUUCAGGGUCUAAAAAAUAAGGGGGGGAGGGGGGAAUUCAGCAACAGCAUUUGUGAAGCUUUGCUUUGUUCUUAGUGAAGCAGGUGCUCUGCUAAAGACACCCAAUGGCCUCAUUCACUGGCAUGCAGUGACAAUUCUCUCUUAGUCUGUAUGUUUAAACACGGUACGUCUGUUAGUGCUGAAAUAAUAAAGUGUCAUUAUUUGGUAUGUUAA